UUCGACAUUUCCGGAAGGGGCGCUGCGUUCACUUCACAAAUUCAUUUCCGUUCAACGAUCUCGUCACUCGGCCAUUUCCAUUUCAAUCGCAACGUGGUGUGGUCGUUGUACUUGUACAGGUUAACGACUGCACAAGAUGGUAAACGGACGAAUUCCGUCAGUCUUUUCGAAGACUUAUGUCACACCUAGGAGACCUUACGAAAAGGCUCGUCUUGAUCAAGAAUUACGAAUUAUCGGUGAAUAUGGUCUUCGUAACAAGCGAGAAGUAUGGAGGGUUAAAUACACCCUGGCAAAUAUCAGGAAAGCUGCUCGUGAGCUUCUUACUUUAGAAGAAAAGGAUCCUAAACGUCUGUUCGAAGGAAAUGCUCUUUUGCGACGUUUGGUAAGAAUCGGUGUAUUGGACGAAAGCCGCAUGAAGCUCGAUUACGUUCUCGGUUUGAAAAUCGAGGAUUUCUUGGAAAGGCGUCUUCAAACACAAGUAUUCAAAUUGGGACUGGCCAAGUCUAUUCAUCAUGCUCGCGUACUCAUCCGUCAACGUCACAUUCGAGUGCGCAAACAAGUGGUGAACAUUCCAUCUUUCAUCGUACGUUUAGAUUCGCAAAAGCACAUUGACUUCUCGCUGAAGUCGCCGUUCGGAGGUGGCAGACCCGGUCGUGUAAAGAGGAAGAAUCUGCGUAAGGGAAGUGGAGGAGCUGCUCCAGAGGAGGAAGAAGAUUAAACCAUAUUUUGAUGUAAUACUUUUAUUAAAGUAUGCUUUGACUAUUAAAACAUCUUUGUAAUUAUGAUUUGACCCAACUUCUUCCUUCUAAUAAACGUUUUGAAUCUGCA